AUGGCUACUCACGCAGACUCUGUGCAUCCACCAGUGCAUCCAGCUUGCAAGGUCGUGCUUUCUAAGAACGUUGCAAAUAGCCUCGUUGCGGAGGUCCAGGAAGGUGUCAAGACCUUGGAGAAGCCGCCUCAUCUUGUCGGAUUUCUGGCCAACGAUGAUCCUGCGGCAUUGAUGUAUGCCCAGUGGACUGAGAAGACAUGUCAAGAAAAUGGAUUCCGUUACUCUUUGCGCCAAGUGUCCCGCGACGAUAUCGAAGAUGCUAUUCUGGCUGCCAAUGCCGACUCAGACGUUGACGGCAUCAUCGUAUACUACCCCAUCUUCAAUAAUCGCCAAGACCAGUAUCUUCAGCAGAUCGUCGACGUAUCCAAGGAUGUAGAAGGUCUCAGCCAUCGUUACAUCUUCAACAUGUACCAGAAUAUCCGUUUCCUUGACCCUGAAACCAAGCGGCAGAAGUGCCUUCUUCCUUGCACCCCCCUGGCCAUCAUCAAGAUCCUCGAGUACCUCAACAUCUACAAUACGAUCCUACCGUACGGAAACCGGCUGUUUGGACACACUAUCUGCGUUGUGAAUCGCUCAGAAGUUGUUGGCCGGCCACUUGCGGCUCUGUUGGCGAAUGACGGAGCUUGUGUCUACAGCGUGGACAUCACCGGUGUCCAGAAGUUCACUCGUGAGGGUCUCAAAAAGCGCAGGCACGAAGUCGUGGACCUGGAAGGAAAGACAAUCAAGGAUGUAGCCCCUCUGUGCGAUGUUGUCAUCACGGGUGUUCCCAGUGAAUCAUAUAAGUUCGACACAAGCCUCCUCAGAGAAGGCGCCGUCUGUGUCAACUUUUCUAGCGAGAAGAACUUCGGCCCAGAAGUAAAAGAGAAGGCAUCCAUCUUCGUUCCUUCGAUCGGCAAGGUGACUAUCGUGGUUCUGCUCCGGAACCUCUUGAGAUUGAUUCAAAACCGGAGAUUGGACGACGUUAAACCGGCUGAAGCCACCGAGCGUCCUGGAACUCUGGAGGCCGCUUCGUAA